AAUAUCCCAUGUGUUGCCGUAGCUAUCUGCGUCUCUAACGUACCUUUUGUUUCCUUGUCGAGCUAUAUCAUGGCUAGUCGGCGCGUCGUAUCCUCCUCUGCUCUCAGAGCUCUCAGCUCUUCAAUUGUCUCUCCGGGCCGGCUUCUCCGGCUCAGACCCGCGCAGCAAAGAAUUGCGGUCGCAGUUCAGCCCCGCCCAAGCUUCUUUCCUCUCCAGCAAGUGCGAUUGCAUUCGGGUUCUGGUUCAAAAUCGAAAGUUUAUCAAUUCAAUGAUGUUCAAAGCCUAGUAGAUAACCCGACCGAAGACCGUAUUCUGAUUGACGUGCGCGAGCCUUCCGAGUACGAAGCUGGAUUCAUCCCGUCCGCGAUCAAUAUUCCCAUCGCUUCUCAGCCAGACGCAUUGUUCCUUCCUGCAGACGAAUUUGAGGAUCGAUUUGGAUUUACAAAGCCGCCGCCAAACAAGGAGCUUGUCUUUUACUGUAAAGCAGGUGUUCGGAGUAGUGCCGCGGCACAACUUGCCCAACAAGGCGGUUAUGACAAGGUCGGAGAAUACAGAGGAAGCUGGCUAGAUUGGGCAAAGAAUGGUGGGGAAACGUCCAAAUAAAUUGUGCCAAAAAGGGAAAUUGGGAUCUUCAUUGAGCUGUGGAGCGUUAAUAGGUCUACGGAUUUCCAGGUCAUCGCCCAGUAACAUGUGUGCGGGUCCUUGACUGUCGGUUCUCUGGCGUUUCUUGGUUCCUUCUCUGGUCAUUGCCAAUGAUGAUAUGAUUGAAUUUCAAAUUCAUAGUUAAAUGUACUGGGUUGAGAGAUACAUUGGCCGUUCUACAAGACGUUUAUGUUGUCCGUGCUCACAGUUUAGCAAAAAUUCUUGCAGUAGAAGGAAUACACAGCACAAGGCCC